GGCAGGAUAAGGUUACGGCCCGGGCCUCCUCUGUGACAGAGUGGAAGGCGGGCCGACACCCGGCCCGCUGGGGAGUUGCCAUAGUUGGCAGCCCGGGGCCAGUGGGGACGCUUCUGUGCUGGCGUCCCGGAGCUGAGGGUGGGACCCAGAUUGCAGCCUGAGGCCGGGGUCCCCGUCAUGGCCACAGCCAGGUCUCCCGGGCGCGGCUGCGGAGUCCUGCCCCGGUGGCUGCUCGGUGCUGCCCUGCUGCUGGGCCUGCGGCUCUGCAUGGAGCUGCACCGGGCGGGUUCCGGACUCCCGGGUCUCCGUGUUCCCCCGGAGCUGCCCCGGCCGCACCUGCUGCCAGCACCCGACCCUCCGCGCGGCGCCAGAAGGAGGCAGGUGACCUACGUGCGCAGCGGGCGCCGAGCACUGCCCCGGAGUGGCGGGAGCACAACGCCUGAGCUGAGCUGUUGCGCCCCACGCGGGCUUUCCCGCAGGAAGGGUCCCCGGUGGCACAUAGAGCUUCAGCCUUGGGCAGGCCCUGCUCAGUCCCUGGAUGAAGAAGCCUCAAGGUUCCUGAGCUACAUCAGCACCACUCAGAUUGCAUGCGAUCACAUGGGUACAGACAGCUUGGCUACUGAUUCCAGCCCCGCAACGAAGCCCUGGCUGGUGUGUCUUGAUGACAGGUUUGGCUUAGCUCAUCAAAUCCGCAGCAAGCGGUGCCGCCUCUACUCCUUAGGGCUGGGGAAUGACGACACGGACUUUGAGGUGAGCAUGGCCAAUGAUGGGUGUGAGGUACAUCGUUUUGAUCCUAGUGUCAAAUCAGCCCACAUUCUGGAGAGCCAGCGCCUCUGGCAUCACCGUUUGUCCAUCGACUGGAGGGAUCCACAUCCAGCUGUGGCUGCUCAAAAGCCACGUAGCAACACCAGAAAACUGGGAAGCAUUUUGAAUGAAUUUGGGCAUCACAAGAUUGACGUUCUCAAGGCAGAUCUGGAAAGUGCAGAAUGGAAAGUUCUAGAAAAUCUUAUUCUGGAAGAUGUCCUUGAGCAGAUUGGCCAGCUCAUCUUUGAGAUUCAUCUCCACUGGCCGGGCUUUGAGGUCAGUGGCAGUGAGAGCAGUGUGGUGAGGUUUUGGUACAGCCUCCUGAAGGAGUUGGAGCAGAAGGACUUCCGGCUUUUCCACACCUAUAAGGACUUAUCGAAGCCUCAGCUCUUCCUGAAGAAGGACAUUUUCAAUGCCAGCAGCUGUUAUACGCUGAGCUGGGUGAACACAAGGUGGAAGUAGUGCAAUACAAAGCAGUGUUUGCAGAUAGUGGCGUCCGUGCUUCCGGUCAUGGAGCUACGUGUCCAGCUUCCACUAGCGUGUUACCUGCGCGGGGCAGGGGCCGUGUUACUGUCUCUGCAGUACAUGAAGCCUUGAGCUUGACAACAACAGCAGCAGGAAGAACACCUCUGCGUUCCCAGACUGAGACUUUUCUGUUUUGCCUUUGACAGACUGAGGGUGUGUCCUCUUCACUCUCACUUGGUGGGUAGAAAUAUCCCGCCUGUGCCGGUUUCUGGUUUCCUUAAAAUUCAUUAUGUGUCUAUAGCUCACAAGUUUACAUUAAAACGAAAUUUUAUUCAUUU